ACUCAGUCAGACAACGUAAAUAAACACAAGGAGCAGACUGCAUUAGUAAAGUGGGUAACGUUAAAACAUUACUGACUAAAUAAGUUUGACAUUUACGUAAGCCUGUGAACAACAACAGAGCCACAAUCAAAAGUACGCCUACAAGACUGCCACGGAAGAUCCUGUGGCAUAGCCCUACUGAAAUAAGAUCAGCUUCAAGUUAACAUUUAUAAUGGAGGAGCUGCAUGUCCAUUGCCAAAACUGUGUGAACAGAAGGUGCAUGGUAAGGCCAGAGACUGGUAUUUCCUGUGACCUCAUGGGCUGCCCACUUGUUUGUGGGGCAGUUUUCCACUCAUGUAAAGUGGACGAGCACCGUUUACUGUGCCCAUAUGAAAGAGUGCCUUGCCUAAAUAGUGGUUUUGGAUGCCCCUUUUUGAUUGCCAGAAUCAAAAUGGCACAGCACUUGGGAAUAUGCCCAGCCAGUGUUGUGUGCUGCACCAUGGAAUGGAACCGAUGGCCUGUGAGCUACGCUGAUCGAAAGUCCUAUGAGAACUUAAGUAAAGAGGUUUAUGAUGUUGAACAGCUAGAUAUGGCAUUGGCCCUACAAGAUCAGCGUAUGCUACUUGAGUCUCUCAAAGUAACGACCACUGUGACAAAAACAGUAGAUGAGAAAAAUGAAGAGAAUGAAAAGAUGAACUCAAGCAUCCAGGAGGUAGAAAUGACAAGUGGCCUCAUUGAAAUGGAUGGGGAGUCAUACAAUGAACUUUACAAGGCUUCAGUAGAGACAAGCAGAAACUUAGCAGCUGCUUUGGACAUUCUGAGCAGUGCAAACAAAGGUAUUGACUUGAUCAUGGAAAACCUCAGUGGUGCAAAAGCUGACAGAAAUGGAGCUUGUCACGGUAAUCUAAAUGGGGAUCUUUGUUCAGAGGAAUGUAAGAAUGUGGUAAUGAAGGAAAGUGACACAGACUCUGAGUGUGAGUUGGGAGCUGUAGGUGGAGUAGACUGUGCUUUUCCUGCAGCUUAUGAAGGAGAGUGGAUGGAGGAAAAUGGAUUUGAUGUAUGUUCUGAUGAAGAGGAGGAAAUAAUUGGUAAAGUGGAACUUGAUGGACUGCUGCUGUGUAAUGAGUUUAGAGAUGUGGAGGAUCACAAGAAUGGUGAUCUUGAAAUGCAUGUGGAGAGAGCUGAGGUUAGGGUCAAUGGUUCCUCAGACAUGAGGCCAGAGGUGCCUUAUCAUUCCAUGCCUGUUGUAGCUGAAGAGCCAGAAAUGGCCCACCCACCACAGUUACCACUACCUCUGCCCAUACCCCUACCUGAUUUGGUACAGAACAAUGUUUUGCAGCAACUGCCUGUUGAAAUCGAGGACCGGUGGCUGGAGCGCAAAUUGCAGAACCUUCAAGUGCUCAGAGGUAUGAGUGUGUUUACGUUCAAUGGACGGCGAACUCUUCUGUCUAAUCCUUAUUUACUCCGGGCUAAGAUGGAAGAUAAGGCGGUGGACACGUCUGAUCUAGAGGUUGCAGAUGAUCCAAUAGGCCUUCAUGGUAUUGACCUCAUCACUGCUGCUUUGCUCUUCUGCCUUGGAGACUCACCAGGGGGCAGGGGGAUUUCAGACAGCCGUUUUGUAGAUGGCUAUCGGAUUGAUUUUGGCACACAGACUUUUUCCUUUCCAUCUGCUAUACUAGCCACCAGCACUAUGGUGGGCGAUAUCGCCUCAGCAUCUGCUUGUGACCACGCUAGUCCUCAGCUGUCCAACCCGAGCCCCUUCCACACCCUCAGACUGGACCUAGUUCUGGAGUGUGUGGCUCGGUACCAGACCAAGCAGCGCUCCAUGUUCACUUUUGUGUGUGGUCAGUUGUUUCGCAGGGAUGAGUUCUCUUCCCAUUUUAAGAAUGUUCAUGGAGACAUCCACGCUGGCCUUAAUGGCUGGAUGGAACAGAGGUGCCCUUUGGCAUUCUACGGCUGCACCUACUCCCAGAGGAGGUUCUGCCCCUCCGUGCAGGGCUCUAAAAUCAUCCAUGACCGAUACUUGGGCUCAUUUGGUGUGCAGUCUGGUUUAGCUGCACGUCCAGGCGAGCCUCUCUCUCGAAACACCUGCCAGUAUGGCUCCCACUGUGACCACCUCAGCAGCUUACCCUUUGAGCUGCUGCAGCACGUUGCAAGCUUUCUGGAUGGCUUCAGUCUCUGCCAGCUGUCUCGAGUGUCUCGUACCAUGAGGGAUGUUUGUGCUAGUCUGCUGCAAUCACGUGGUAUGGUGGUCUUGCUCUGGGCGAAGACGAGAUGUGCCAAUGGAUCCUCCUCUUGGCAAAUUAAAGACAAGGUCUGGAGAUUCAGCACAGCCUUUGGAACAGUGAAUGAGUGGAAAUUUGCCAACAUUUCCAGCAUGGCUGAUCACUUAAAGACGUGCAAGUUCAACACAGUAGCUCGCCGAGAGGAGGCCAUUCCCCUGCCUUGCAUGUGUUACACAAGAGAGCUUACUAAAGAAGGACGUUCACUACGCUCGGUGCUCAAACCGGUGUUAUAGGCCAAGCUCAAAUGCAAAUAAAUGUGCUGCUCUAGAAGCUUCCAGUUUUUUGGUUUGACAGACGAGUCAUUUGACAAUACUUCAGAUAUUCUGACAAAAUACCUUUUGAUUAGUUUUUUUGUUUUUUUUUUCUUUUUCAAAACACUGUGCAGUGGAGCCUUAAUUAUUGGCACUUGACUUAUUAAUGUGUUUUCUUAAUAAAAACAAGCUAGGUUUAUUGCUUAUAUUCAUAUUUUCUAUUUAUUAUUAUUGAUAUUCUUUUGCACAGCUAGGCCCUAAACAUAUUGUGGCAUGCAUUGAAGUGUCAUUGCUUUGAUGUGUGUACUCUUACUCCAGAAAUACUGCAUAGUCAAAUGUUGAUGACCAAAAUUAGGUUAUCUUGCUUAUCAUUCUGCUUAGAAUGAAACUGUUAAGUCAGUUUGUCUUCAGCUCUUUGUCUCUAAUUUUGUGACUCACAAGGUUGUAUACUGUAAUUUUUCAUUCGCGUCAGUUAAACAAGCAGUCUGAUUUUGGUUUUAAUAUACAAUAUGUAGCACUUUACUUUGUACUGCUGAUGUUUACUUUUCACAAACAGAUAUUGAACUGAAACUGAAUUGUUAUGUCAGUUGAAAUAUCUUGAUGCUAACUCAGCACUGUCAUCAUUCAUUGUUGUUUUAGUAAUGAGCACCAACGAUGCUCGUCUGCUGUUCUAGCUGUUAAAUUUGUUUUGCUUUCUUAUAGUUAGACAUGUCUGCCAAUGCUUUUUGGUCUUUUGCCGUUGACAACGCUACAACCGCUAUUUUCUCUUGACAAAAUGAGCCAUUAAUGAAAGCCUGCAGGACAGGUAUGGGCUCCUGGUGUUCAGAUAGCACAAAAUGGCUUAUAUGUUGGACAAGUCACUUCAUGACAUUUUCUACAGCUCUGCAUGACACAUUUCCAGAAGUAUCUUGUAUGCCUCUCAGGGUUCUAAAGAUAAAAAGCUGACUAAGAAUGGACAUUACAAUCUACAGAAAGAAACUUGAUAGAAACUCUUAAUUGUACUUGAGUAUUUGAGUUGUUGGUAAUGUUCAUGAUUAGAAGAUAAGAAGGGUGUUAUUCUGUUUUUGAUAUAUUUUGGUAAGCUAAUUUCAGCAGUUCAGGGCCCUAGAAUUGUUUUUGGAAAUCCCUACUCAUAAAUACGUUCAUUUUCAUUGUGCAGAGUUUUCAGGAAUUUAACAUUAAACUGCAUGUUGGAGAGUUCAAGUAUAAUUGUUUAUGACUUGUAGAUUUGAAGAACUGUAAUUCUGCUGGACUUGGAGUGAAUGUCAGUAGAUUUGCAUGGAGUCUCAUUACUCCAUUGUUGAAAAAUGUUUUGAAUAUUGACCUUUUUUUGAUAAGGAUAAAUGAGUCUUUUUCAGUUAUUUUAUACCUGAAGAUUUAGCAUUAAUGCAUUGUGAUGAACCACCAGCAAAAUGACUGUACUGUUGUGGAGAAAUGCUUGUUUCUCUUAUUCCUGAUGCAUGGGAUGCUUAUUGUUGAAAACCUUGGUUGCCCUUAAAUGGUUGUCCUGUGUGUAUCAUUUAAUGCAUUUUGACUACAUUUAUUUAAUAAACAAUUA